CAUUAUCUAAACGAUUUAACAUAGCUAACUGAUAACAAAAGUCACAAUACAUCGUUAUAUAUUUAUUAUUCGUAGCGCUAGUAUCGCAAUAAAAUACGUUUAAUAUCUUAUUGACAAUACGUAAAACAAUUGUGUUCAAAAAUUGUUUAUUUGAUAUAGGUCCAAUGGUAUAAAUAAUUAUAGAAAUAAUUUUGAAAUAAUUUCAUUGAAGAGUACUUAAUAAUUAUGGCAAGAUAUUCGAGUGAUUCAGAUUCAGAUUAUAGCAGCAGAUACAGAAGAAAACAUAGCAGGAAAUCUAGAUCCACCAGUUCGGAUACUAGUGAAUCUUCACCGUAUCGUAAGAGAUCAUCUAAACAUUCAAAAUCAAAAAGACGACAUCGUUCACACUCCAGAAGCAGAGGUAGAGAUAGAAAUUCGAAAAACUACAAAGGAGGCAGAAGCAAUUCUGGUGAUAGAGAAAAACGUCGUUAUCGUUCUCGUACACGUAGAUCGCAUUCUUCUGAUCGUAGCAAAAGGAAAAUGAGAUCUACUUCUAGAGACAAAUCUAGAAGUCGUUCUAGCAGUUCGCAGUCUACCAUUAAACCUAUACUUGAGAAAUCUAAUAAUCCCAUAACUAAAGAUGACUUUUUAAUUGAACCACGUAUCAAGGAAAGUGUAUUAGAAGAAAUAAAUUCAGAAGGAUUUACUCCUAAACAAUUUACUUCGUCUUCUCAUACGAAAGAAAGUAAAUUUAAAAACAUUGUCAUUGAUAUUAGUGCUGAUACUAUUCAGAUUCCUACGGUAGCUGAUAUAAGCACCGUACCAGAAAGUAUAUUCCAUCCUUCGAUUAUGCUCGAUCAAGACGCUCGUUUUGAUAAAUGGGUUAAGAAACUUUAUACGCUUAGGCAAAAAGCAAUAGUUGAUAUGACACACGGUAAUUCUACUUGACGUUUAGUUGAUUUAGAUAUAUGAUACUUUACAUUUUGUAAAUAAAUGAAUAUGUCAUUCAUUAUAUUAAAAUAUUCCUAUUAACUACA